ACAAGCUUUUCGGGAAGCGGCUGCUCCAAGCCGGGCGCUACAUCAUGUCCCACAAAGCCUGGAUGAAGACGGUGCCCACCGAGAACUGCGAUGUGCUCAUGACCUUCCCAGACACCACGGACGACCACACGCUGCUCUGGCUGCUGAACCACAUCCGCCUCGGCAUCCCCGAGCUCAUCGUGCAGGUGCGGCACCACAAGCACACCCGCGCCUACGCCUUCUUCGUCACCGCCACCUACGAGAGUUUGCUGCGUGGGGCCGAUGAGAUCGGGCUGCGGAAACCGGUGAAAGCCGAAUUCGGGGGCGGCAUGCGGAGCUUCUCCUGCGAGGAGGACUACAUCUACGAGAACAUCGAGAAUGAGCUUUACUUCUUCACCUCUCAGGAACGGCAAAACAUCAUCAGGUAUUGGCUGGAGAACCUGCGGGCCAAGCAGGGCGAGGCGCUGCACAACAUCCACUUCCUGGAGGGACAGCCCAUCAUCCCGGAGCUGGCGGCCCGCGGCGUCAUCCAGCAGGUCUUCCCGCUGCACGAGCAGAGGAUCCUCAAGCGGCUGAUGAAGUCGUGGGUGCAGGCGAUCUGCGAGGCGCAGCCGCUCGAUGAGAUCUGUGACUACUUCGGGGUGAAGAUCGCCAUGUACUUCGCCUGGCUCGGCUUCUACACCUCGGCCAUGGUGUACCCUGCCGUGUUCGGCUCCAUCCUCUACACCUUCACCGAGAGCGACCAGACCAGCCAGGACAUCUGCUGCGUGGUGUUCGCCAUCUUCAACGUCGUCUGGGCCACGCUCUUCCUGGAGGAGUGGAAGCGCCGUGGGGCCGAGUUCGCCUACAAGUGGGGGACGCUGGACACCCCCGCGGAGUCCAUCGAGGAGCCCCGGCCCCAGUUCAGGGGGGUGAAGAGGAUCAGCCCGGUGACCAGCGCCGAGGAGUUCUACUACCCGCCCUGGAAGCGGCUGCUGUUCCAGUGCCUGGUCAGCCUGCCCGUCUGCCUCGCCUGCCUCUCCUUCGUCUUCCUCAUCAUGCUGGGCUGCUUCCAGCUCCAGGAGCUCGUGCUGAGCGUCAAGGAGCUGCCCCGCAUCCUCCGCUUCCUGCCCAAAAUCGUGCUGGCCGUCAUCGUCACGACCUGCGACGAGGUUUACAAGAAGAUCGCCUACUGGCUGAACGACAUGGAAAACUACCGCCUGCAGAGUGCCUACGAGAAACACCUCAUCAUCAAAAUCGUCCUGUUUCAGUUUGUAAAUUCAUACCUAAGUCUUUUCUACAUCGGUUUCUACCUCAAAGACAUGGAGCGGCUGAAGGAGAUGCUGGCCACGCUGCUCAUCACGCGGCAGUUCCUGCAGAACAUCAAGGAGGUGUCGCAGCCCCACCUGUACCGCCGCCUGCGCCGGGGGGAGCUCAGCCUGCGCAACCUCCGCGAGCUGUCCCACGCCGUCCUCCGCCUGCUCGCCCACCCCCGCGCACCCCUGGGCGCCGGGGCAGCCCCCGAGGGACCGCGGGGAGAGAAGAAGUGUCUGAAUGGGGGCUGCGGGGUGCCCGAGGAAGAGGAAGAGGAGGAAGAGCGGCGCGAGUCAGAUUCGGAGGACGAGAGCGCGCUGGACUGUGGGCUGAAGCUGAAGAAGGUGAGCUUCAUCGAGAAGGCGGAGCGGCGCGGCACCGAGCCCCUCAGCACCGAGGAGGAGAGCUUCCUGGAGGAGGGCAGCCCCACCAUGGUGGAGAAGGGCAUGGACCCCGCCUCCGUCUUCGAGCUGGGUGAUGAUGAGGAGGACGCUGAAGGCCCCCCGGGCAGCCCGGCCAAGGCAGCGGAGCCGGCCACAGGCCCACGCGUCACACGGAGAAGGAGGGAGGAGGAGGAGGGCGAGGAGGAAGGGCGCAGGAGGAACCGGGCGUCGUGGAUCGAUCCGCCCGAGGAGGACUACUCGACGCAGCUGACGCAGGCGGAGGUGGAGAGCUGCAUGAAGAAGUACGAGGACACUUUCCAGGACUACCAGGAGAUGUUCAUCCAGUUUGGCUACGUGGUGCUCUUCUCCUCUGCCUUCCCGCUGGCCGCCAUGUGCGCGCUGGUCAACAACAUCAUCGAGAUCCGCAGCGACGCCUUCAAGCUGUGCACGGGGCUGCAGCGGCCCUUCGGGCAGCGGGUGGAGAGCAUCGGGCAGUGGCAGAAGGUGAUGGAGGCCAUGGGCGUGUUGGCCAUCGUGGUCAAUUGCUACCUGAUCGCACAGUGCGGGCAGCUCCAGCGGCUCUUCCCCUGGCUCAGCCCCGAGGGAGCCAUCAUCUCAGUGGUGGUGCUGGAGCACUUCGCCCUGCUGCUGAAGUACGUCAUCCAAGUGGCCAUCCCCGACAUCCCCGCGUGGGUGGCCGAGGAGAUGGCCAAGCUGGAGUACCAGCGCCGCGAGGCCUUCAAGAAGCACGAGCGCCAGGCCCAGCACCACUUCCAGCAGCAGCAGCGGCGCAAGAGGGAGGAGGAGGAGCGGCAGCGGCACGCCGAGUACCAGGCGCGCAAGGAGCGCGAGGCCAACCGCGAUGAGGCCAAGGCCGAGGCUGCCGGGCAGGACCCGGCCCACGAGAAGAGCCAGGGCAAAGGGAAGGGCUCGGGGGGGUCUUCCGCGCACGGCUCCGAUAAGCCCAAGCGGCCCAGCUCGCUGCUGGCCACCAACAACGUCAUGAAGCUGAAGCAGAUCAUCCCUCUGCAGGGCAAGUUCCUCUCCGGGGGGACCGGGGCGGGCAGCACAGCCGCCAGGUCCCCCCAGUCCCCCACCAGCAGCGAUAACAAACUCCCCGGCUUCCUCAGCUUCAAAUUCCUGAAAUCCCCCGAAACCAAGAGGGACGCGGCCACCGAGAAGGUGCAGUCGCCCACCAAGCCAUUCAACCCCGGCAAGCUCUUCAACUUCGGCAAGUCUGAAGGGACCGGCGGCAACGGGGCCACCGCCUCCCCCCAGCCCCGUGCCGGCCCCUCCGCGGAUGGGGGCGAGCGGCCGGGCCCCAGCAAGUCCCACCUCAAUGGGGCCCCAGAGGAUGGAGCCCGCGAGGAGACGGAGCCACGGGUGGAGGAGGAGAGUGGGGGCUACAGACUCUGA